UUAUUUUUAACGGUUUCUCCUAUAUUUUUUUAGGGUUUAUCAAAAUCGUAAAAUUUUGUAUCUUUUUGAUAACCAUUUAAAAUAAGCAUUAAAUUUCACGAAUUUCAGUUAAAAGCAUAUUGCGAAUAUUUAUAUUAUAUAUUUAGGGGAAAAAAGCUAUAGAAGAUACUUUUUUUCUAUGAUUAAUAAAAUUAUACUGAUAGCAAUAUUAAAUUUAAUUGCUCUUAUAUAUGGAAAUCAAAACGUAGACUUAAGUAUUAGAAGCUCUCAGAAAAAUGCAGUAAAUCCGUCGUUUAAAGAUUUUAUUAUUAAAGAAGAUAUUUAUACUUUUAUUUUAAAAAAAGAUUAUAAUGAUGAAAACAAAUGCAAAGCGAAACUUGAGGAAUAUUGUGAAGAAUUAAAAGAUAUAGAUCCAGAAUUAAAUAAAGUGGAUACUAAUAUUAAGGAAAUUUGUAAUAGUAAUGAUAAAGGACAAAAAUGCAAAGACCUAAAACCAAAUAUUCAAAAAAAUCUAGACCAACUUUCUGAUGACCUUUAUAUACAAUCACAAAGAUAUGUAGAUAAUAUAAAUAUCGAUAAAACAUUUCUAAAAUGUUUGUUUUUAUCUGAUUUAAAUAAAAAUAUUUUAGAAUAUUGUUAUUUUUUAGGAGAUUAUUAUCAAAGAACUGAGCAUUUAAAACUGAUGCAUGAAGUUAUUUUUCAUGUAGUCGGUGAUAGUAUUGCUAAUUAUGAUGAUUUUAAAGAAAAAAUGAAAGAAAUAUGUCCAAUAUUGAUUCAACAAGGCAUUAAUUUCAUCUUUGGAUGUUUUCAAAUUGAAAGAUCUUUUAAAGAAUUAAAUAAAUAUAUUAAUUAUUCAUGCAAUUCUUUAAAUAUUAACCUUAAUGAUAACGAAUUGCAAGAACAAUGUUACGAAAAACUCAAAAGCUGUUAUUUUCUCAAAAAUAAAUGUGAAAAAAAGUGUAAUGAAUUGAAGGUGUUAUGCGAGAAAAAGAAUAUUACAUAUAAGCUUCCAGGAAAAGAUUAUAAUCCAAUUAAGCCAGAAAAAACGUUGUUAAAGAUUGAACUGGAAGAUUUUUAUAAAAAAAUGAAAGAUAAAGGAAUAUAUAUUGAAAAUUUGGAAACAACACUGGACAACAUCUUAAUCUAUAUGUCUAACAUACACCCAGGUUUUUCAGAAAGUAAAUGCAAGAAUGUAUUCAACAAAAGCUGUGAUUUUUUUAAAUUUCUGAGUCCUGAACUUAAAGAAUUAUGUCAAGAUAACAUAGAGAAAAGAUGCAAAGAUGCAUCAGAAAUAACAUAUAAAUGUAGAAAGCUUAAAAUGACGCUUUAUCUAGCUGGAUUUUCUACACAUUUUCAAGAUGAUAUAUUCGGGAAUGAAAUCCCUCGGGAUAGGCUUUCAACAUCAUUUAGUAGCAGAGAAUUUUCAGAUUUUAAUACAAACUGUUUUUAUAUUGCGGGUACAUGCAAAAACAGGUUUUUUGAAGGAUGUAAAAAUGUAAAUCAAGCAAAUAGUAAAAAGCUACAAGAACAAUCAUUUAUUAAGUUAAUUGAAAGUAAAUUGGUCGAAGAACAAUACAAUUUAAAAUCGAAAGAUGAAAAGCUUAAAAUAUGUCAAAAAAUAGUAAUGGAGAAAUGUGUAGCACUUGCAAAUAGUAAUAUUAAGAACUUUUUAAUAUGCCUUCGACCAAAAGAAAUAUGUCUUAGACUUGAAGAAAUUAUUUUUACUCUAUCGAAAGACUUAGAACAAGCUUUGGAUCAAGCACGGGAUUUUCCUAAAGAAGAGGACUGUGUUGAAUUGAAAAAGGAAUGUGAAGGUAUUUUAAAGGAUUUAGGUUCAAAUAAUGUAAAGUGUGUUACAUUAAAAAAGCGUUGUAAAUAUUUGGAAGUUACAAAAGAACUAAAAUAUGAUUUUUUAAAAGAUAAAAGUGAUUCGUUAACGAAUAUUCAAAAUUGUAUGAAAGCUUUGAAGGAAAAAUGUGAUAGAUUGUUUAAAAGAGGAACUAAUGCAUUUGGUGUUUCAUGUGCUUUACCAGAAGAGACAUGUAAAUUUAUGGUUUCAGAAGUUGAAAACCAUUGUAAUGCUUUUAAAAACAACAUAGAAAAACAUGAUAUUCUAAAUAAAAGUAAAAAUGGGAAUGAAACAUUGGUUGAAGAAAUCUGCAUAUUAUGGGAUCCAUAUUGUGAUGAACUUAUGGAAAAUUGCCCAGAUAAGUUGAAAAAAGGAGACAAUGGGAAUGAAAAAGGAGUCUGUUUACAACUGAAAGAGAAUUGCAGACCAUUCUUUGAAAAGUUGAAAUUGGAGGAUGAGUUGACGCAUGAAUUGAAAGGUAGUUUAGGCAAAGAUGAUGAAUGUAAAAAAGCAUUGGGAAAGCAUUGUAGUGAGCGGAAAAAUUCAGGGAAUCAGAAAUUCAAUAGUUUUUGUAAUACUGAUAAAGAUAAGGAUGUUGAGGAAAAAGUUUGCAAAAAGUUGGUUGAAAAAGUAAAAGAAAAAUGUCCAACCUUAGAAAGUGAACUGGGUAAAGAGAAAGAUGAAUUAAAGAAGAAGAAAGAUGAAUACGAAAAAGUGAAACAGGAAUCAGAAAAAUUUUCGGAGGAAGUUAAGUUACUAUUAUCAAGACUUGGGAAAGAUGGACAAGAUGCAGGAUCAAAGGUGCAGAAUACCAGUGCAACUGAACCAGCGGCACCACCAGGAGGAGCACCAGCACCAGCAGUGCCAGGAGGAUCAGCACCAAGUGGAGGGGCAAACACGAGUAAUGUUAUACUUGUUCGAAGAACAUUUGUAAGUGGAGAAGUAUCAGAAGCAGAAAAGAAGGCAUUUGAUGAAACGGCAAAAGCAUUGGAAUUGUAUUUAGGAUUGAAAGAGAAAUGUAAAGGUUUGAAAGGAGAGUGCGGGUUUAGAAAGGAUUGCCCGAAGUGUGAUGCGGUCUGUACAGAAAUAGAUAAGUUGUGUGAAGGAAUAGAAGGAUUAAAAGUUACACCAUAUCGUACGGUGUCAUUAAUAAUGAGAGAGAUAAUGACUACAACAAUGAUUACAGCGGCUACAACAACGACUACAACAACGACUACAACAACGACUACGACAACGACUACAACAGCUACAAAGUCAAUACAUGGAGGGAAAGUAACAGAACAAUGUGCAUUUCCUCAAACAACAGAUAUAUGGAUGACGAGUACAUCGUUGCAUACGAGUACGAUGACAAGUACAUCUACAGUGACAUCUACGGUGACAUUGACGUCGAUGCGAAAAUGCAAACCUACGAGAUGUACGAGUGAUUCAAGUAAAGAAACAGAAACACAAAAAGAGGAAGAGAAAGAGGGAAAAGCGAAACAGAAUGAAGGAAUGAAAAUGAGAGUUCCAGAGAUAGUAAAAAUAAUAUUAUUGGGAGUGAUGGUUAUAGGAAUGUUAUAA